UCUCUAGACUGUCUCUCGCUCUCUCUCUAGAACUCCACGCGCACUCUCAAAGCCAAAAGCCAAAAAGAAGGGUAGAGAAGGCCAAAGCCGAGCAGCCCACCUGUUCUUCUUCAACGCCCCCGCCCCCCCCCCCCCCCCUCUCCCUCUCUCUCUCUGUGAUCAUCUCUCUCUCUCUCUCUCUCUCUGCACCCAAAAACCCUACUCUCUCUCAUACCAUCUCGAUACCUCUCCCUCAGCUCUUCUCCAUUUGAUGGGCAUUUACUAGCAUUCCUUUUCUGGACAGUGUCACUCCUGCCCAGCUCGAAAUUUUGAUCCUUUUCGUCCUCCACCCUGUUGCCAAUUCCACUGAUUCAGCUUGUUUCUGGGGGUCAUUGUGUGGUUUCUUCCUCCUCCGAGCUGAAAGUUCUCGAAUUUGGGUGGUUUUCCUUGGUGGGUGUUCUUUGUCGGGUUUUGGAUGGCUGCGGUUGCUGAAAUUCCCAAUGAGGCAUCAGCAGCUGCUAACAAGAUCAAGAAUUUGGACUCGAAGCCCAAUUUGGGGAAUCCCAAGGCGGACACCGAAUUCAAUGUGCAGAAGCUCGUCGACAUGUUCACCAAGUUGAAUCCUUCGGCUAAGGAAUUCUUCCCUUCUUCCUAUUCCCCGACUCGUGAUCAUCAUCAUCAUCAGCUCCAGCAGGGAACCAAUUUCCUGACCAAGAAUCUGGGAGCUGAUAAUUUCCCCAAUAACCGGAGGAGGAGAAAUAAUUUCAACCAGGGAACAAGAAGGUUGAAUGGAAGAGCUUUCCGAGCUCAAAGAGAAGAUAGUAUCAGGAGAACUGUUUAUGUUUCUGAUAUUGAUCAGCAUGUGACUGAAGAGCAGCUGGCUACCCUGUUUAGUACUUGUGGACAAGUUCUUGACUGCCGAGUUUGUGGUGAUCCGCACUCAGUUCUGCGCUUCGCAUUUGUGGAAUUCGCUGACGAAUAUGGAGCUAGAGCGGCUCUAAACCUCGGUGGGACAAUGCUAGGGUACUAUCCCGUCAGGGUCUUACCUUCAAAGACAGCUAUUCUUCCUGUAAAUCCCAAUUUUCUCCCUAGGUCAGAAGAUGAACGUGAGAUGUGUUCUAGGACAGUCUACUGUACAAAUAUCGAUAAAAAGGUUUCUCAAGCUGAAGUUAAGAAGUUUUUCGAAAGUGCCUGUGGUGAGGUUACUCGUCUGAGGCUUUUGGGAGACCAUGUCCAUUCUACUCGCAUCGCUUUUGUUGAAUUUGCUAUGGCUGAGAGCGCUAUUAUCGCACUAAAUUGCAGCGGGAUGGUGUUGGGAACUCAACCAAUCAGGGUAAGCCCUUCGAAAACACCAGUGAGGCCCCGGGUCACCCGCCCCUCCAACAUUUGAUAAGUUAUUGGAACCGUAACACCUGCUGUUCUGAAGGAUUGAUGAAAGAACUCCGAACUUGUCGGUUUUUAUUUUAUCGAUCUCUUUAUUUUCCAUCGCAGCAGUAACUCUUUCUGUGACUAAAACACUUCGUGAGCCUAUCACUUCCUUUUAGAAGUGUUUAAACGACCCGAUCUUGAACCUUCCGAAGAUCUAAUUGCAUCCCUUCUCUUGACAACUA